AUGUAUUUCUCGACUAUUAUUUGUCUGUUUUUUGCGAAUACGAUAGGAAGGAUAUGGGCUGAGGAGCACACUAUCUACUGGAACGUCACCAAUACCAAGUUCCGUUUCCCUGAUGAUGAAAUUUCGAAUUCUAUAACAGUCAACAUGGACGAUACAUUACGAGUGGUGUGCCCCGGUCCUGGAGCAGAAAAGAGAUACUUGAAGAUCCAUAAGGUUAGUGCGUUAUCCUACACCGAGUGUCUUCUAGAGACUCAGAAGACGCUGGUAGUCACUUGUGAUGGCGGCAGUUCUUCUGAGAGAGCGACAAUAAUUGGGGUCCGUCGAUACAGUCCACUUCCUUCUUCCGAAUCCCUACUUUUUGAUCCCGGCGAGACGUACUAUUGGAUCUCAACGUCUAGUGGUGAAAAAGAAGGUAUCAAUAAUACACAGUACGGGAUUUGUGCUGCUGACAACAUGCGUCUGGUGAUCCAUGUUCGUCAACAUAACGAGGUCACAACAACAUCAACGAGUCGUGCAUCUUUUGAAAGUGCCGAAGACCAGGAAGACUUAUCACAGCGGGAUAUUCCUCAUCUUAAUCCAAAGUUUGCUGCAAUCGCUCAUUCAGUUUCUCAGCCUCAAAGGCGCGAACAGAAAAUUCCUGAUGGUCUAAAUCAGGAACAACUACAGAAGGUUGCUGCGCUUGCUCAGCAAGGAGCUACUGGCACCUUCACUUUUGACACACCAUUGGAGCAUGAACGAAAGGAUGCAAUGGGCGCAGUUGGUAAGGGAGAAAACUCUUUCUGGGAUGCGAUACCACUGAUGCAAGAUGUUCUCAGUGGCGCAUCUGAUAGUAUUCUGUUAGGGACGAAUCGAAUCGGAAACGAGGAAGGCGCAUUUGUGGUCCAUGAGGACAUAGCCCGAUCGUACGAGUAUCAGUCGAAUGUCGCUGGAUUCUCUUCAACGCAACAUGUCCUAUUCAUGAUGUUGUUUUUAUUCCCUGGAUUUGUUUUAUGGUCGUAG